UGCUCCCAGGUACUCGAUUCUCUUCACCAGGAAACAAUGCAGAGGUCACCCAUAGAAAAAGCCAAUGCCUUCUCCAAACUCUUCUUCAGAUGGCCGAGGCGCAUUUUGAAAAAAGGCUACAGACAAAAGCUGGAACUGUCCGACAUCUAUCAGAUUCCUUCAUCCGACUCUGCAGACGAACUCUCGGAGAGGUUAGAAAGAGAAUGGGACAGAGAGUUGGCAACAUCAAAGAAAAAUCCCAAACUGGUCAAUGCACUUCGUCGAUGCUUUUUCUGGAGAUUUUUAUCUUAUGGAAUUCUGCUGUACUUUGUGGAAUUCACUAAAGCUGUGCAGCCUCUCUGUCUCGGACGUAUAAUAGCAUCAUUUAAUAAGAAGAACACCUAUGAACGUGAAAUAGCAUACUACCUAGCAUUAGGUCUCUGUCUCCUGUUUGUCGUGAGGACCCUCUUUCUACAUCCUGCGGUUUUUGGUCUCCAACACUUGGGGAUGCAGAUGAGAAUAGCAUUGUUCAGCCUCAUCUAUAAAAAGAUCUUAAAAAUGUCGAGCAGAGUACUUGAUAAAAUUGAUACUGGGCAACUUGUGAGCCUUCUAUCCAAUAACCUCAACAAAUUUGAUGAGGGCGUAGCUGUUGCUCACUAUGUUUGGAUCGCACCAGUACAAGUCGUGCUUUUAAUGGGAUUGCUUUGGAAUGAAUUGACUCAGUUUGCAUUUUGUGGAUUGGGCUUCUUAAUAAUACUUGCCCUUUUCCAAGCCUGGCUGGGAAAGAAGAUGAUGCAGUACAGAGACAAGCGUGCAGGAAAAAUAAAUGAACGGCUUGCUAUUACCUCUGAAAUUAUCGACAACAUUCAAUCAGUGAAAGUGUAUUGUUGGGAAGAUGCAAUGGAAAAGAUUAUUAAUGACAUAAGACAGGUUGAACUAAAGCUGACCAGAAAGGUUGCCUACUGCAGAUACUUCAGUAGUUCAGCUUUCUUUUUCUCUGGCUUUUUUGUUGUGUUUCUGUCUGUGGUGCCUUAUGCCUUCGUUAAUACCGUAAAACUGCGUAGGAUAUUCACCACCAUAUCGUACAACGUCGUGCUUCGAAUGACGGUUACCAGACAGUUUCCAGCUUCAAUACAAAUGUGGUAUGAUUCCUUAGGAGCCAUACGCAAAAUACAGGAUUUCCUGCAUAAAGAUGAACAUAAGACUGUAGAAUACAACUUAACAACAAAGGAGGUCGAGAUGGUAAAUGUCACAGGAUCUUGGGAUGAGGGAAUCGGAGAGUUAUUUGAAAAAGUUAAGCAGAAUGAUUCUGAACGUAAGAUGAUGAAUGGGGACGAAGGACUGUUUUUCAGCAACUUCUCACUUCAUGUUACACCUGUCUUGAAAAACAUCAGCUUUAAAUUGGAGAAAGGAGAACUCCUGGCUGUGGCCGGCUCCACGGGGUCUGGCAAGAGCUCACUAUUGAUGAUGAUAAUGGGAGAACUGGAGCCGUCAGAGGGCAAAAUUAAACACAGUGGGAGGAUUUCCUUCUCACCGCAGGUGCCCUGGAUCAUGCCUGGAACUAUUAAAGAAAACAUUAUAUUUGGGCUUUCAUUUGAUGAAUACAGAUACACCAGUGUUGUCAAUGCAUGCCAACUGGAAGAGGAUAUCUCAAUAUUUCCCAACAAGGAUAAAACUGUUCUGGGAGAUGGAGGCAUUACGCUCAGUGGUGGUCAACGAGCAAGAAUCUCCCUGGCAAGGGCCCUGUAUAAAGAUGCUGACCUCUAUCUACUGGAUUCACCAUUUAGUCACCUUGAUGUAACAACAGAAAAGGACAUUUUUGAAAGUUGUCUCUGUAAGCUCAUGGCGAACAAAAUCCGAAUCUUGGUGACUUCAAAACUGGAGCAUUUGAAGAAGGCGGAUAAAAUUCUGCUCCUUCACGAAGGCCACUGCUACUUCUAUGGAACCUUCUCUGAACUCCAAGGAGAGAAGCCCGACUUCAGUUCACAGCUGCUGGGCUCCGAGGGCUUCGAUACUUUCAGUGCUGAGAGAAGAAGCUCGAUUCUCACUGAAACCCUCCGCAGGUGCUCUGUUGCUUCAGGAGAUGGCGCUGGUCCCGGAGGCUUCGGCGAAACACCGAGAGCAUCGUUCAAGCAGCCACCGACAGAAAUUAUUGAGAAAAGAAAAUCCUCGCUGAAGCUCAAUCCCUUAAAUUCAACCAAGAAUUUUUCCCUCAUACAAACAGCGAUGUCAUAUCCACAGACAAACGGGAUCGAAGACAGCGGCAAUGAGCCGGGAGAAAGGCACUUUUCACUCAUUCCUGAGAAUGAACUGGGGGAACCUACGCAGCCCCGGAGUAACAUGUUCAAAAGCGAGAUGUCUUUUCAGCCUCACAGACGCCAGUCUGUUCUGGAUCUCAUGACUAACUCUUCAGCAGCUCAGAAUAAGAGCCACAUGCGCCGUAGCACUGUACGCAAGCUGUCCAUGGUUUCUCAAACUAACUUUGCCUCUUCAGAUAUUGAUCUUUACUCGAGACGUUUGUCUGAAGACGGAUCUUUUGAAAUUAGUGAAGAAAUAAAUGAAGAAGAUCUAAAGGAAUGCUUUGUUGAUGAAGAGGAAAUCCAUAAUGUCACUACUACAUGGAGCACUUACCUCAGAUACCUUACCCUCAAUCGCAGCUUGGUCAUCGUUCUCAUCCUUUGCCUUGUUAUAUUUUCAGCAGAGGUGGCUGCCUCCUUGGUUGGACUUUGGAUAAUCACUGGGUUAGCAGACGUUUCUGCAGCCAACAACACCUCAACCAACACUUCCAACUUUUCUAUAUUUUCUAAAUUCAUUACCAAUGGCAGUCAUUACUACAUAUUCUACAUCUAUGUGGGACUCUCAGACAGCUUCCUUGCACUUGGUGUGAUUCGAGGACUGCCUUUGGUUCAUACCCUUGUUACAGUCUCCAAGGACCUGCACAAACAAAUGCUGCACUCAGUUCUCCAAGCACCCAUGACUGCAUUCAACAAGAUGAAAGCAGGCAGAAUCCUAAACCGAUUCAUCAAAGACACUGCCAUUAUUGAUGAUGUGCUACCACUCACCGUCUUUGACUUUGUGCAGUUGAUACUGAUCGUAGUGGGUGCCAUCAGUGUGGUGUCUAUUUUGCAACCAUACACUCUGCUGGCUGCGAUCCCAGUCACCGUCAUCUUCAUUAUGUUGAGGAAUUACUUCCUCCGCACAUCACAGCAGCUGAAACAGCUGGAAUCUGAAGCUCGCAGCCCAAUUUUCAGCCAUCUCUUCACGUCAUUGAGGGGACUGUGGACAGUGAGAGCUUUUGGCCGCCAGUCCUACUUUGAGACACUGUUUCACAAGGCUUUGAACCUCCACACUGCAAACUGGUUUCUCUACCUCUCAACACUGCGCUGGUUCCAGAUGAGGAUUGACAUUAUAUUUGUCCUCUUCUUUAUUGCAGUUACUUUCAUCUCCAUAGCAACACACAAUGUCGGGGAAGGAAAAGUUGGAAUUAUUCUGACCUUAGCCAUGAACAUCACGAGUACUAUGCAAUGGGCUGUCAACUCAAGCAUAGAUGUGGAUAGUCUGAUGCGAUCUGUAAGUCGUGUUUUUAAAUACAUUGACAUACCCCCAGAAGGAUCUGAAAGCAAGAAUCAACAAAAUGUCAACAACCCAUUGGAUGCACUUGUGAUUGAGAAUAAACAUCUAACACAUGAGUGGCCAUCUGGAGGCCAAAUGAUGGUGAACAACCUCACAGCCAAGUAUACCAGUGAUGGCCGCGCAGUGCUGCAGGACCUUUCCUUCUCAGUGAAUGCCGGGCAAAGGGUUGGACUGUUGGGACGGACGGGUGCUGGGAAAAGCACUUUACUUUCUGCUUUUUUGCGCCUCCUGUCUACUGAAGGGGAAAUACAGAUUGAUGGGAUUUCCUGGAAUUCAGUCUCUCUGCGAAAGUGGCGGAAAGCAUUUGGUGUCAUACCUCAGAAAGUCUUUGUGUUCUCUGGGACUUUCCGGAAGAAUCUAGACCCUUAUGAACAGUGGACUGAUGAGGAGAUCUGGAAGGUCACUGAAGAGGUUGGCUUGAAAUCAAUGAUUGAACAAUUUCCGGAUAAUCUUAACUUUGUUUUGGUGGAUGGCGGCUACAUUCUCAGCAAUGGCCACAAACAACUCAUGUGUUUGGCUCGAUCUAUUCUCAGCAAGGCCAAAAUCCUGUUGCUCGAUGAACCUACUGCACACCUGGACCCUGUAACGUUCCAAAUCAUAAGAAAGACUUUGAAAAAUACAUUUUCAAACUGCACAGUUAUACUGUCAGAGCACAGAGUAGAAGCUCUCCUCGAUUGCCAGCAAUUUCUGGUGAUUGAAGGAAGUUCAGUCAAACAGUUUGAUGCUCUGCAGAAGCUUCUAACAGAAGCAAAUCUUUUCAAGCAGGUCUUUGGACAUUUGGACCGUGCAAAACUAUUCACCGCUCACAAAAGGAAUUCAAGCAAAAGGAAAACACGUCCAAAAAUAACUGCCUUGCAGGAAGAGGCAGAAGAGGACCUCCAAGAAACAAGGUUAUGAAGCUACAAAGAACAAAAUGCACAACAGUCUCAUCAAGCUAUUGGAAGCAGGGAAUUGCAGAGAACCUACAACUGCAGCACAAAACUCUGCACUACUCUUAGAAACUGGUAGCCUGAGCAAAUCCUCACGGACCUUUAGGUUUGUGUGUGUAAGUACAUAUUUACAUCUAAAUUAAUCCACAUUAUAGACAUGUGACUUACAUAGGAUCCCAUAGGUAAAGCUAAUCUUCCAAACUGUUGACUCAGCAAAGCUCUAUUGCAUUUAGGGCUCCUUUGGUGAUGCUUACGAUCCAACUGUCUUCCAAUGUUGGCCCAAUAGAAGCUUAAUCAAUCACCAGUGUUGUAAUAUCACAGUCAGUCUUGGCUCUGACGGCACCCGACCUAUUGACAGGGCACUAUGAUCUUUCAUUUACGAAUAGCUCCAAAUAAGUAAAUUUGGGAAGGGUCAGAUCAUUUGCACGGCUGAGAUGCAUGAAGUAUUGGUGUUCUAAACUUUGAUGUAGAAGGCGUGGGUCAACCAAGUAUUUUCAAACAUUAUGUCAAAAAAUUGACUGUGCCUAGGAAAUGGUAAAACUUCAAUAUAAAAAAUCAGCUCAGGGUCUUCAUAUAUAUUUGAUUAUUGGAGAGUAUUUUGUAGUCAUCUGGCCCCUGAGAACAGACAAGUGUGGAAACAGAUUAUUGGGUCCACAUCCAUUUGUAUAAUCCUACAUUCAUUCCAUUUUUAAUUCUCCCCAUGUUCUUAUUAAUUUCCCUCAGAUUAUACCUUUGACACUAGGAUGUUUUACAGUUAAUUAACCGACCAGCCUGUAUAGCUAUCGAUAUAUAUACGCGGUAGAAAAUCUACCUAGUCCCAAGGGGAAUGUGCAAACUCUAAGGUCAGGAUUGAGCCUAAAUCUCUGGCUCUGCACCACUGAAAAUAUGCAGUGGAUUGGAGAAUGUCAUUUCAACAAGACCCUGAAUAUUGAUUUCUUUCAAUUCAGGUACCCCACCAUUCCCUCUCUCCAUCCCUCCCCCACCCAAGUCACACCAGCUUCUUGUUUUCACUCUACAAACAACUACCAAUGGCCUGUUUCCUUUAUCGUCGUUACUUUUUUGCAUAUCUUUCAUUCAUUGUUCUUUAUCUCUCCACAUCACCAUCUACAUCUCUCAUUUCCCUUAUCCCUAACCAGUCUGAAGAAGGGUCUCGACCCGAAACGUCACCCAUUCCUUCUCUCCAGAGAUGCUGCCUGUCCCGCUGAAUUACUCCAACUUUUUGUGUCUUUCUACUGUAAUAUUUUCAAAGCAGUUAUCCUCGGAAAUUGUGCAUCAGGAAAAGGCCAGCAUUUAUUACCUAUUUCAUCCUGCUUGAGGUCAUAUUGUGACUUCUGGAAUCACUGUAGAUUUGAUCACAAGUCCGAAGAUUCUGGUCGAGUGACCAAGAAGAAGUGAAGGGGAACACUAAAGUGAAGAUGCCUGCUGCACAUAUCCCUGUGGAUGUUUGAAGCCGCAGGGACGUUUCUGGCUACAAAAGAACAAUUGUAAUUUUCUACACAAGUGGAGUGAUGGUUAUCGAUCUUCCUGUUUUAAACUGUUCCACUGAAGUAAACGUGUCAUUUACCUUGUGGUAUAUUAACAGACACAGAUUCUCAAGUGGGGCCAAAAGCUUUUUGUUGGGAAGAUAUUGGCACACAUUUCAUAGAAAAAUGUUACAGAUUCAAACUAAUAUUUAACAAUAGGAAUAUGUUUUGUACCUUUGGACGUUACAAUCAUCAGUGUGAUUGGUAUUUAAAAAGGGAGCAUUAAAAUGAAAUAUAAAAUUAUAAAAGGACUGGACAAGCUAGAUGCAGGAAAAAAUGUUCCCAAUGUUGGGCGAGUCCAGAACCAGGGGCCACAGUCUUAGAAUAAAGGGGAGGCCAUUUAAGACUGAGGUGAGAAAAACCUUUUUCACCCAGAGAGUUGUGAAUGUGUGGAAUUCCCUGCCACAGAGGGCAGUGGAGGCCAAAUCACUGGAUGGAUUUAAGAGAGAGGUAGAUAGAGCUCUAGGGGCUGGUGGUAUCAAGGGAUAUAGGGAGAAGGCAGGCAUGGGUUAUUGAUUGGGGACGAUCAGCCAUGAUCACAAUGAAUGGCGGUUCUGGUUCGAAGGGCCGAAUGGCCUCCUCCUGCACCUAUUUUCUAUGUUUCUAUGUUUCACUGUAAACAAAUGUAUACUUCUAUAUAAUUGAUCAAUAUUAAAAAAAAAAGAAUUCAGUGUGCUCAUGUUAGGAAUUCUUUAAUUAGAGCAUCUAUUGGAAACAAAAUAGCAUCAUAAACUAUUUAAUGCAAAGCCGAAUUUACCUUUUAACGGCUAUUAAACUUAGAACUGCCUACAAGUUAGGUUUAGCACAAAUUAUGAAAACAAAAAUAAUAAUUAGCAUUUUUGAAUGUAUUAUAGUUAUUGUACGACAAACAUAUUUGGCGACAUGUUCAAGUAAUUAACAUACAUUUAUAACUUUAUUUCAUCAUUUUAGAGAGAUAUUAGUGUUCAUGUGAUAUAGCGUGUGUAAUAAAGAUUUCUAUAUAAACAACUAUCUAACCUGAUUCAUUUCAACUCUGGACAAGUCUCUGCUCAUUCUCAUUUUUCAAGCUGCGAAUAUAAAAAUAAAUGUGCUGAGUAAUAAACAUUGGAUGCUGACUGUGACAUGUACAUCCCCAACAUGUACAGUGGCUUGCAAAAGUUUUCAUACCCCUUGAACUUUUCCACAUUUUGUCACGUUACAACCACAAACGUAAAUGUAUUUUAUUGGGAUUUUAUGUGAUAGACCAACACAAAGUGGCGCAUAAUUGUGAAGUGGAAGGAAAAUGAUACAUGGUUUUCAAAUUUUUUUGCAAAUAAAAAACUGAAAAGUGUGGCGCGCAAAAGUUUCCCUGUCCCUGCUGAAGAAAAGCAUCCCCACAGCAUGAUGCUGCCACCACCAUGUUUCACAGUGGGGAUGGUGUGUUCAGGGUGAUGUGCAGUGUUAGUUUUCCGCCACACAUAGCGUUUUGCAUUUAGGCCAAAAACUUCAAUUUUGGUCUCAUCUGACCAGAGCACCUUCCUCCACAUGUUUGCUGUGUCCCCCACAUGGCUUGUGGCAAACUGCAAACGGGACUUCUUAUGGCUUUUUUUCCAACAAUGGCUUUCUUCUUGCCACUCUUCCAUAAAGGCCCGAUUUGUGGAGUGCACGACUAAUAGUUGUCCUGUGGACAGAUUCUCCCACCUGAGCUGUGGAUCUCUGCAGCUCCUCCAGAGUUACCAUGGGCCUUGGCUGCUUCUCUGAUCAAUGCUCUCCUUGCCCGGCUUGGCAGUUUAGGUGGACGGCCAUGUCUUGGUAGGUUUGCACUUGUGCCAUACUCUUUCCAUUAUCGGAUAAUGGAUUGAACAGUGCUCCGUGAGAUGUUCAAAGCUUGGGAUAUUUUUUUACAACCUAACCCUGCUUUAAACUUCUCCACAACUUUAUCCCUGACCUGCCAGGUGCGUUCCUUGGGCUUCAUGAUGCUGUUUGUUCACUAAUGUUCUCUUAACAAACCUCUGAGGCCUUCACAGAACAGCUGUAUUUAUACUGAGAUUGGAUUACACACAAGUGGACUCUAUUUACUAAUUAGGUGACUUCUGAAGGUAAUUGGUUGCACUGGAUUUUAUUUAGGGGUAUCUGAGUAAAGGGGCCUGAAUCCUUUUGCACGCCACACUUUUCAGUUUAUUAUUUGUAAAAAAAUUUGAAAACCAUGUAUCAUUUUCCUUCCACUUCACAAUUAUGCACCACUUUGUGUUGGUCUAUCACAUAAAAUCCCAAUAAAAUACAUUUACGUUUGUGGUUGUAACGUGACAAAAUGUGGAAAAGGUCAAGGGGUAUGAAUACUUUUGCAAGCCACUGUAUACCAUCUUCAUAUUGUUUCUCUUUUGCACAAUGACAAACCGAUACCAAUAAGGCUGCAGAACAGUACAAGGGGGAACUCUACAAAAGGGACGGAUUGCAUCUUAACAGGUGUGG